AUGGCCAACCACUCACAACUCGGAUUUCAAGACGCUUCAUCCCCUAUUAUAGAAGAACUCGUUGAAUUCCACGACCAUGCCCUAAUAGUCGCAUUAGCAAUCUGCAGCCUAGUCCUCUACCUCCUAGCACUCAUACUAAUAGAAAAACUAUCCUCAAACACCGUUGACGCCCAAGAAGUAGAACUAAUUUGAACAAUCCUACCAGCCAUCGUCCUCAUUCUACUCGCUCUCCCGUCCCUACAAAUCCUAUAUAUAAUGGAUGAGAUUGAUGAACCCGACCUUACCUUAAAAGCUAUCGGACACCAAUGAUACUGAACUUACGAAUACACAGACUUCAAAGACCUAGCAUUCGACUCAUACAUACUUCCUACAACUGAACUACCCAUGGGCCACUUCCGGCUGCUAGAAGUCGACCAUCGCGUUGUUAUCCCAAUAGAAUCCCCUAUCCGCAUUAUCAUCACCGCUGACGAUGUCCUCCACUCCUGAGCAAUCCCCACCCUAGGAGUAAAAACAGAUGCAAUCCCAGGACGGCUAAACCAAACAUCAUUCAUUACCACCCGACCAGGAAUCUUCUACGGCCAAUGUUCUGAAAUCUGUGGGGCUAACCACAGCUACAUACCAAUCGUAGUAGAAUCCACACCCCUUACCCACUUUGAGAACUGAUCCUCACUACUAUCAUCCUAA